CUGUGCUGAAGUUCUCAGCUUCACAUUGGGGAUGGAAUAUGACAAGAGGCAGAAUGUGGUGGGACAUAUUUCACUAAGUGCCGUUGACCAGCCCUGGACUUCAGUUGGAAAUCCUGCCUUGAGGAAUCUGGGUUGUGUGUCUUCGAGGAUGAAGACAAAUUAAGGAGGGAGGAAAUUUAAUAAUAUUUCCUCAGCUGAUUGGCUAUUGGGGAAUCACAUGUCAACACAUGAGAGACGAGAAAUAUAUUGUCUACUGUGUAAAGUGAUGUGUCCAUUAAAGCUAUAGGUUUAAUUUGGUGAUGAAAAAAAAAAAAAAAAUUCCUUCAGUAAUAAUGAAGAAAAAUGGCUUGGGAUGAUGAGUAUGCAUGGAGUAAGAAUAUCAAUUGCUUGCAGAGUUUAAGCAACAUUGGUCUUGUUUGUGAGUCAGAGAAUGUCUAUUGAUUUUUGCUGGUAGUUGACUUGGAGGAAAACAGCAGAGAGAAUCAUAGACUGCAUUGGUUACACAGACUGAUAUACGCUCACUGACGGUCACAUCGGUACCGACUCUCGUUCACCAAUCCACGUGCGGUGUCAGAAUACAACGUGUUUUGAUCAGAGGCUACUCCAGAGCGAUGGUCCUGUAUUGAAUCAAAUCUCCAAAUAUGGAAUAAUACUGGAUUUUCCCUCCCCAGAGAUUUCCGGUGCUUGUUCUACUUUGGAGAACCUUAAAAUAAAUGACAACCAUGAUACUGCCAAAAAAGUGAGAUAUUAAAAUGCAUGUGCAUUUUGAGCAGAACAACUCCACGCGAACCGAAUGUACCAUCCACUCCCUGUCAUGGAUGGGAAAGGUACCGGACGUACCGGACAACAAUGGUGGCUGGAAGUUGAACCGGAACCAGUAUUACAUGGAAGGCUGGCUGGCGAGUGGGAAUGCAAAAGGGGUGGUGGGAGUCACAUUCACCACCAGUCACUGCAAGAAGUAUGAUCCACCACCCAGGAGUAAUUUUAAUUUGAGAGGACACAAAAGUGAGGUGACGUUAGUUCGUUGGAAUGAGCCUUACCAGAAACUUGCCACGUGUGACGUACAGGGAGCCAUCUUUGUCUGGAUAAAACAUGAAGGGAGGUGGUCCACUGAACUCAUCAAUGACAGAAAUAGUCAGGUGACAGAUUUUUCCUGGUCUCAUGAUGGAAGAAUGGCCCUAAUUUGUUACUGUGAUGGUUUCGUUCUGGUGGGGUCAGUGGCUGGACAGAUGUAUUGGUCAUCUAUGCUAAACCUGGACCAGACAACUAUCACUUGUGGGGUGUGGUCUCCUGAUGAUCAGCAGGUGCUGUUUGGCACAAUGGAUGGACAAAUCAUUGUGCUGAGUUCUACUGGGACCAUGGUAACACAGGUAAUGGUGCAGCACGGGACCGAGAUUAUCUCCCUUACCUGGUCCUGUGAAAAGUUCAACAUGGACGAGUCUUCCAUGGAGCAGAAUGAGAAUCUUACCGCUCCAACUGUUACAACACCGAAACCUGUGGAUGGAGUUUUAGCAGUGUGCUUCAAAAGUGGUGCCAUAUAUCUAAUGUCAAAUUACGACGACUUACAUCCCAGGAUCAUCUACACCAAUCUCAAAGGAUCCAUGAAGUUGGACUGGUCCAACUGUGGGGAGGUGUUGGCUGUAGGUGGAUUCACAAGAUUACCAAACCUUCAGUGUCAGAAUGAGGUGCAUUUCUACACCAAAGAGGGACAACUCUUACAUAGGGUUUAUCUCCCUUGUCAGGGUAAGCCACUAACCGCUCUGUGCUGGGGCCACAAUGACCGGCGCCUGUUUGUGGCGGCUGGGUUUAACCUCCACGUGGCGUGGGUUAUGAAAAAAGUUCCCUCUUUGCAGUCGCUGUGUCAGAGAGUCAUACAGAUUUGUAUAAAGAGUGAAAAACUCAUACGACAACUACCUCUGCCUGUGAGGCUUCAUCACAGUGUUCAAACCAUGUUCUCACCAACCAUUAAGAGCUACAUUCCAGACCCUUUCAAACUACGAGAAUUUAUCUGUUCUCCGCCCCCAGCCAGCGAGCGACUGUUCUGUACCAUGAUUAGGCACGGGGAGGAGACCUCAGGGGGACACUAUACACUGUAUCUGGAAUACCUAGGGGGACUGAUCCCCCUGCUGAAGGGGAAACGGGCCAGCAAACUUAGACCAGACUUUGUCAUCUACGAUCCAAAAAUUGGGGCAAAACCUGGUGAUGAAGUUCAGAAUGCACCGCCUGAGUUUGAUUUUGAGGCCAGUUUGACGGACUCAGAUGAAGAUAUACCCUCUGAUGGGUGUGGGUCUCCCAGAAUGCAACGCAAAAAGCGUCCCAAGAUUUUUCGACCGAAGAAGGUGGAGAGAUCCAUAACCUUCCGUACGCUCGAUGAACUUUUGUACAACGACAGUCUUCCAGAGAGUAACAAGUUGGUGGAAGUGACCUCCAAUAUAUGGGGCACCAAGUUCAAGUUGACCGGGCUGGCACCGUUCCUUCCGGACGACCUGGGUAAUGUUCUGUAUAAAACGAGUCUCCUGCACCUCCAGCCACGACAAAUGACCAUUACAAUUACUGCUCUAAAUACGGUGAACCAGCCGCUGUCCAGAGACCCGAACUUUACCCCGGCUGGUCAGUGUGAUGAGGAGGGUGAAAACAGAUCAUACGAUGAAUUUCCAAAUGAAUCUGGUGACCCUUGUGCAGAGGAUGGAAUACUAGUGUCGGAAAUGUGUAACAGUGAACUUACAAACAAACUUACAAGCCAUGUAUUUAUGGAUAUUAAAUUAUCAUCAAAUUUGACCAAUCAAAACGAAGAUAAGGUUUUGUGUGACAUCAGUGGAAAUGUGAGUAGUAACAAUAAUGUGAUGAAUGGUGAGCGAUUGCAUUGGUCACCGAACAUGAAAAACAGGUCUCUUUCUCCGGCCUCGGAGUCCGUUGCUCAAAACAAUGCCUUCAAUAGUUUGGAUAAUUCUGUUAUAAAGGAUAAAUUCAUCGGUCAGGGUGCAAUCCCAAAGGUGAGAAGCGUUGCUCAAAAUGACAGUCCGUCAGAAGUGACUGUGGGGAUACCUGUCGGCGAAACAUUGGUUAAUGCAAAUAACCCGUCUUCAAUGUCUAGUGCUAAUAUGAGGACUAGUCUACAUAAUGAAGUGUCGACUAUUAUGAAGGACGGCGAUGAGAACCGCUGGGCCGAUCUAGCGAAUCCCGGCAUCAAAUUCAUAGACGAAGAAGGAACGAACAAUCGUACCUCGGAGAAUUCGGACAAUAUGGUGGGGAUAAUUUGUGAUUCUAGUCGGUUGACCCCUACCCUGUCCGAUAAUCAGAAGAGGUUGUAUUUGGAAACACAAACAAAUAUGGACUCCGAUGUAAUGAUCUGUGAUCACAGUACAGACCCCUCGGAGAUGGGAGAAGGCAGUCCGAUUUUAGGGUCGUUGGAGGAUGUACAUAAAGACUCGUGCAGAAAUAGCAAUGUGUUCUCUGGUGCUUCGUGUUCCCUCUUCUGUUACGACGAUGAUGUGGUGGAUCCAGCUUCUUUCACGCGUAACAAUUCCAGUUUGGAAAUCUGUCACAGUGCCUCUCUUCCGAAUUCUCCACUGCACAGGGCUACAGACUCGCCCAUGAGAGACAUACGGGAAGAAAUUUUACAAAGCACCUGCAAGCACUAUAGUCCUAUAUUUAAACGAAAAUCAAGACAUUUUAAUCCUAGAAAUUUUGAUAACGAGGCUGACGAUCGCACGCUAGAGGAGAUCAAGUAUUCCCAAAGUUUUAAGAAUUUAGAGACUUUCCAAAAGGCUCAGCUUAAACAGAAGCUUCAGAAGGUGCGGAAGAGAGGCGAGGACAGGGGAAGAUCAAGGUACCCUCAUCUGGGGUUUCGCCAGUUUGUCAUGCACAAUAAAGCUCCUCUCUGGAACGAGAACAGUCAAGUAUACCAGCUGGACUUUGGGGGACGGGUCAGUCAAGAAUCUGCCAAAAACUUCCAGAUCGAGUUCCGAAGUCGUCAGGUGAUGCAGUUUGGUAGGAUUGGGAGUAAUGCGUACACCCUGGAUUUUCAGUAUCCGUUCACUGCGUUACAAGCCUUCGCUGUGGCGUUAGCUAACGUGACGCAGCGACUGAAAUAGAAAGCGACAUGGGGGAGGGGGGGGGGGUAAAUAGACACACUCCAACCAAAAAUAAAUCUUUCUAGAAGCUGGGAUACAUACAUGUCGUACAUAUUUUUUUUUUUCAAUGUAAAGAAGAGAGUUGCAAUAAACACGUAUUUGUAUAAGUGUGUUUUAUAUAAUGUUGGAAUUUUUCAAUGAAAUUAUUUUUUUAUUUUUCAAAAUUAAUGAGAAAUGAUAAUGGAUUAAGUAUAUCUAAAUAAAAAAAAUAUAUUCUUCACUUUUUCGUACAAUUUGUAACUUAUGAUUGUGAUUCAGUAUUUGAACAUAAUGUAUAAAUAUACAAAGAGUCUAGCACCUUAGAACCUAUACAAUGGAGUAGAUAGGUAAUUGUGUUAUUUAUAAUGUCUCCUCUCAGAUGGCUUUAUGUUAGGUUAUUGGAAUUACCAUGCCCUUUUUGGGGCAUUUUUCUAAUUAUUUUUUAAAUCUCAAUAUUCUGCUUGUCUUUUGUUAAAUCAUGUAGUAAUAUUUGUAAGGAGAUUCAGUUGAAGAAGCUUGCUCGUGUAUGACUUUUAAACAUGUAGAUAUGCCACGUUACUUUUUGAAUAAAAAUUACCAAAUUCUG